GGCACUCGACGGGGCCACAGGCAUUAGAAACCUGGAAACAUCAGCGUGUAGUGCAGAGUGAGAUCCCUCAAAAUGCAUUACUCCGGACGCCCUACCCUUUGGGCGCGCGUGACCAUCACGCUGCUACUAGGAGGAUGUACUAUGAUAGGGAGGUCAUACGCCAAGAAGAUUACCCCUGAAAUUGCUAUGGAACAAGUGCUAUGGAUGGGCGACGAAGUCACUCCCGGUGUACAUUCGUUUCGCAUUCCUCUUAUAACGUACACUCCUAUGGGCCAUCUUCUGGCAAUCUCUGAAGCACGAAAACAUUCAGACGCAGAUGUUGGACCGAAGUUCAUUGCCGUUCGCAGGUCAGAAGACGGAGGCGUCACGUGGAGCAGAACCACAUUCAUAGCUGACGGUGGCACAGAUCCUGAUGCCAUAAGUUUGGGAGUUGUUCUCGUCGACGAUGAAACCAAAAACAUCUUCCUGAUGUACACCGAGUGUGCGCACUACGUUCAAUGCGCAGUCUCGAGUGUCAUGAUGAUGAGUAGCUCUGAUGAUGGCGCCACCUGGGGUUCUGCGAGAAACCUGUCGCAAGAAAUCGGAACCAAAAUGUUCGCUCCGGGACCUGGCACGGGAAUCCAGAAAAAGUUCCCACCAUACAAGGGUCGCCUGAUUGUUUGUGGCCACGGGACCAUAGAGGAAGACGGCGUCUUCUGUGUCGUGAGCGAUGACCAUGGAGAUACCUGGAAAAAUGGAGGCAGUUUGAUAGGAAUUCCUUAUGCGAAACCGAAAAAGACUGGAGACUUCACCCCAGAUGAAUGCCAGGCCUACGAGCUCCCCAAUGGAAACGUGGUGAUUAACAUACGGAACGAGUACUUUUAUCACUGCCGCUGCCGUAUUGUGGCUUAUUCAACCGAUGGCUGUGAGUCUCUACCCGUGGAAAAUGUCCGGUUUGACGAGGAGCUACCAGACCCAGCAGUGGCGGCUGGGGUUUUAUAUGAAAAUGGAGUCACCUAUUUCACCAACCCUGCAAGCGAAUUUUCGAGGGUUGACCUCACUUUGCGUUGGAGCUACAACUCCGGAGGCUCUUGGGAAGAAACAGGACUCCGCAUCUGGCCAGGGCCCAGUGGUUACUCCUGCAUCACUUCAUCAUAUCGUGUGCAAGACAGCAUCUUCAUCCUGUAUGAGAAAGGCAAAGCCACAUCCACAGAAUCUAUCUCCUUGGUCAAGAUAAAGUUGAACACUGCUUGAGCCAUCGAAGAACCAGAAAGUGCGCUCGAUCUCCCCCAGAUCUGCGAGCUGUACAUGCGCCGUUAUGGGAGUGACGCCCAGACUACGACGUCACUCAAAACCGUAGCUCCAUCAUUUUACCAUGUUCUCUGCAUGCGUCGUUGAUUGAUUGAUUGAUUGAUUGACUAAAUUUUUGUUUGUGACACUUUUCAUUUAACAUCUGCAACCAACCCAUUGAUCGUUGGACUUCGAGCAGAAUACUUCUUACACGUAAUGAUGACUACACGUCUUCAACUUAAAAAAUAAAAAAGAGCAGUGGGA